AUGAAAAGCGAACAACUGGGCUGCCGUUACUCCUUUGAUCAGAAAGUGGUGGUUGCGAUGCAGAUAGGGAAACUGGUAUUCUCAACUCUUCUGGAUUUAAUGCCUAUUGAAAGCCUGCCAGUAGUUUUAGAGAGAUCUACCCACAUUGCUCGAGCCAGCUUCCAGGUUGAUGCUUUUGGAUCAUCUUUCAUCCUAGAUGUGACGCUGAACCAUGACCUGCUGUCUUCUGAAUAUCUUGAGAGGCAUAUCGAGCCAGGUGGGAAGACGGUGGAAGUUAAAGGAGGAGAGCAUUGCUAUUAUCAGGGAGAAAUUCGAGGAAAUCCUGUAUCAUUUGUUGCCUUGUCAACAUGCCAUGGAUUACAUGGAAUGUUCUAUGAUGGAAAUCAUACUUACCUUAUCGAGCCAGAUGAAAACUACACUUCAGAUGAUGACUUCCAUUUCCACUCUGUUUACAAAUCCAAGUUGUUUGAGUUUCCUUCAGAUGACCUGCCAUCUGAGUUCUGGCAAAUGAAUACUACAUCACAGAAGUUUGUUGUAAAGCCAAGACACAAAAGAAGUAAAAGGCAGGUUCGUCAGAUUCCACGUAAAAUUGAAGAGGAAACAAAAUACAUUGAGUUAAUGAUUGUAAAUGAUCAUCUAAUGUGUAAAAAACACCGCUUGUCAGUCGGCCAUACAAACAGCUAUGCUAAAUCAGUUGUGAACAUGGCAGAUUUAAUAUAUAAAGAACAACUUAACACCAGGAUAGUAUUGGUUGCCAUGGAAACCUGGGCUACUGAUAACAAGUUCACCAUAUCUGAAAACCCCUUGGUGACCCUACGUGAGUUUAUGAAAUAUAGGAGGGAUUUUAUCAGAGAGAAAAGUGACGCAGUUCACCUUUUUUCGGGGAGUCGAUUUCAGAGCAGUCGGAGUGGUGUAGCCCACACUGGUGGAAUCUGCUCCUUGCUUAAAGGCGGAGGUGUGAACGAGUUUGGAAAGCCAGACUUAAUGGCAGUUACCCUGGCACAGACUUUGGCUCAAAACAUUGGCAUUUUCUCAGACAGAAGAAAACUUAUAAGUGGUGAGUGUAAGUGUGAGGACACAUGGUCUGGAUGCAUAAUGGGAGACACAGGAUAUUAUCUUCCAAGCAAGUUCUCCAAAUGUGACAUUGAAGAGUAUCAUGAAUUUUUAAACAAUGGAGGUGGAGCCUGCCUUUUCAAUAAACCAACCAAACUUCUGGAUCCUCCAGAAUGUGGCAAUGGCUUUGUGGAAGAUGGAGAAGAGUGUGACUGUGGGACGAUAGCGGAGUGUGCCAGCGAAGGAGGAGAGUGCUGCAAUACUUGCACCCUGACGGCAGGCUCCCAGUGCAGCAACGGGCUUUGCUGUCGCAAGUGUCGGUUUGAACCUAAAGGAGUUUUGUGCCGAGAAGCAGUGAAUGAUUGUGAUAUUGCAGAGAACUGCACAGGAAAUUCCAGUCAGUGUUCUCCCAAUAUUCAUAAAAUGGAUGGAUAUUCAUGUGAUAACAAGCAGGGUAUUUGUUUUGGAGGAAGAUGUAAAACCAGGGACCGGCAGUGUAAAUAUAUCUGGGGUGAAAAAGUGACAGCUGCUGACAGGUACUGCUAUGAGAAGCUGAACAUUGAAGGGACUGAGAAAGGAAACUGUGGAAGAGACAAGGACUCUUGGAUACAGUGCAAUAAACAGGAUGUGCUUUGUGGAUACCUUCUGUGCUCCAAUAUAUCCAAUGUGCCCAGACUUGGAGAACUUGAUGGUGAAAUCACAUCGUCAAUCUUGCAGUUUGGAAAAGUCUACAAUUGCAGUGGUGGCCAUGUGAAGCUUGAUGAGGAGACGGACCUGGGCUAUGUGGAGAAUGGGACACCAUGUGGGCCGAACAUGGUGUGCCUUGAGCAUCGCUGCCUCCCCACCGAGGCCUUCAACUUCAGUACCUGCCCAGGCACCACGGACAGCCAAAUUUGUUCAGGACACGGUGUUUGUAGCAAUGAAAUAAAGUGUGUCUGUGACCGAUUCUGGGGAGGAGAUGACUGCAGUUCUCGCAUCAAAGAUGAUAUAUUUUUUGAUAAAGAUGCCAUCAAUAAAGGUGUUGUUAGCACAAAUAUAAUAAUAGGCGCUAUUGCUGGCACCAUUUUAGUGUUGGCUCUCGUUUUAGGAAUAACUGGUUGGGGUUACAAAAACUACAGAAGACAGAGACAAAUACCCCAGGGAGAUUAUGUAAAAAAGCCUGGAGAGGCCGACUCUUUUUAUAGCGACAUGCCUCCUGGAGUCAGCACAAACUCUGCAUCUAGUUCUAAGAAGAGGUCUGCUUUUCUGUCGCAUUUUCAGAUUUCUACCUGUUCCAUCACCCAUUAUUCCAUUAGUCAGAACAUUUCAUUGUUUUGCAGCAGGUCAAAUGGAUUAUCUCAUUCCUGGAGUGAAAGGAUCCCAGACACAAAACAUAUUUCAGAUAUUUGUGAAAAUGGGAGGCCUAGGAGUAAUUCUUGGCAAGGUAAUAUAGGAGGAAACAGAAAGAAAGUCAGAGGCAAAAGAUUUAGGCCACGGUCUAAUUCAACUGAGACACUGUCUCCUGCAAAGUCUCCAUCUUCCUCCACUGGAUCUAUUGCUUCCAGCAGAAAAUACCCUUACCCGAUGCCACCACUUCCUGAUGAGGAGAAAAAAGCCAACAGGCAAAGUGCCAGGCUAUGGGAGACGUCCAUUUAGCUGCACUGUUUUCCUGGGGUGACAUCAGAACUGUUUACUUCGAAUUUUAUAGAAACUCAGCAUCACUGAGUCAUUGCACAUUCAUCUGCUCUUCAGACAAUUUGAAAGAUCAACAGAGAUGCCCGUGAUCACAGUGAGAACCUCCUCUCAUCUGGAAGGAAAAAAAGCAGUCUUUUUUUUUUUCUUUCUUUUUUUGUUGACUAGUAUUUUAUGGAUUUAAUGAACAACCAGAAUCAUAACAGCGGAUAAUUAGCCCGGACGUGACAAGGCUAUUCCGCAUGGUGACAGAUACACUUCCAUAGAAUCCCAACUGCAGUCUGUUUGCCAGUCCCGCGUAAGAGAGAGGUUUUUCUCUGGUUUAUUGUGGUCCCGAGUCAGACCAGAGUGGAAUUGGGAACGUGCCUCCUGGAGAUCCCAGCUGAUGUAAACUUGUACGCUGUAUGCAUGAACCUUGUGUUCUUUACUUUCCACAUGUAAGGGAUAAACAACAUACUGUAGUAGAAAUUAGCAUGCAGGAGUAAGAAAUAUAGGAUUUUUUUUGUGACAGGAUUUCAAACUUUGAAAGGCAGCAAUUUGACACAAAUGUCAAACAAACAAGGAUUAUAUCUUUUUUUUACCUUAUGUGUUUAUAAUCUCAGUAUACAGAUUGUAUAUAUGUAAACAUUUGAUAAUGUCAAAAAUAGCUGUUAUACUUAAAUGUAUUUUGCCAAAUGCCUAAGGAAACAGUCACGACUAACAUCAUCACACUUCCGAUUUUCUAAUAUUACAAGCAGACAUCUUUGGAAAUAC